AUGGCAUUAUCACGGGAGGAGGCGGAGCUUGUCUACAAGUUGUGUGUGGAAAACGACGGAAUCUUUACGGAAGAAAUCUUCGGACGACACAUCGCAAAAUUUAGACACUCAAUACAGCACGGUCUUGUGUCGAACUCUGUCGACUUUCUUAACUUUCUCAAACUGCUGAAGGGUUCCAGGCAGUACAGCUUCCACCACGACGAUGAUGGAAAGAAGUACGUCAGGCUGAGGGACAAGGAGUCACGCGAACAAGUGGCACGCCUGCAGGAUGUGGAAUACGCGGUCUUCUGCACCAUAGAAACCGCAGGGAACAGGGGCAUAUGGACGGCAGACAUCAAAAAGCUAUGCGAAAUCACGGGUAACCAACUCACCAGGACGCUAAAGGUUUUGGUUGAGCAGCAUGGGCUUGUCAAGCAGGUCACAAACGUGCACCAAAAGAGCAGGAAGCUGUACAUGCUCUUCAAUAUUAAACCCGCUAGAGAGCUAACCGGGGGUUCCUUCUAUCUCAACGGGGAAUUCAACGAAAUGCUAGUAGAGCACAUCCAAGAACAAGUUGGAUCCUUUCUCGCAAAAUUCCAGGGGUCUUCCCUCACUCAAAUCACCAACUUCCUAAAAACGUUGGAAAACAUCAGCGGGGAAGUUCGAGAGGAGGAUGUUCUCUCAAUCAUACAAAUCCUGAUGCUGGAGGACAAGGUCUACAGCGCUCCAACUGCACUCGGUGACACCAUAUACAUUUGGUCUGGAAGCGCUACCCCCAGCUUCGCCCAAAAAGCUUUCGGCACGCCGUGCUUCAGGUGUGAGCAAGUGGAGGCAUGUCAAAUAGACAAGUACCACGAUUUGUGCCCGUCUAAGUGCACCUAUCUCAAGCAGUGGCUGAGCUAG